AUGGUGAUGAUAAUCAACAACAAGAUCAAACCUCCGGGAGGAGAACCAAUCAGGUCAUGGUACUCAAGGGCAGAGCAACUAAAUUACUUGAAAGAGUUCCUCAAGCCACUCGCAUUUGAGGAAGGUGAAACAGCAAAAACCAAGGAUCCUGAGGAUAUAAUUGUUCUAUCGGAUACUGAGGAUGAAACUAGCCCAGAAAAUAUCACUGUAGUAAAACCCUUGCCUCUUGUCCCUGUGAAACAAGAACCCAUAGAUGAUGAACAUGAAAAAGUGUCUGUUCCUGAUAAAAAUCUACCAGUGUCUGAUGAUGUUAACCCAGUGUCUACCGUUGUGUAUGGUCCACAUCAGCUUGAACCUCCUGCUUCACUUUUUUCAAAACUCAAUCUGUUUAAUAUCAUGGAUGAACACAGAAGGUCAACCUCCCUCACAAAUAAAUUAUCUAUCCCCUUGAAUAUCCCUCAAAGCACAAAACCCUCACAAGACCCAAUCCUAUCAUUACCAUCAUCACAAACCACACAAGCAGAUAAUCCUGAACAACAAAAUCCUGAAAUUCCUCUCCCCAUUGAGUCAGAAAACUCACACACUGAUGAAACCAGGUCUGAACCUCCAUCUGAACCAAAUCCAGAAAAAACCCUUGCAAACCCUAUUGAUGACUCUCCACUAGACUUUGAGUUUGAAACAGGAAAUCCUCUAGAAAUACAGGUUGCAGAACCAACUAAUGAAGAAGACAAUUUGCCUUUGCGAAAAACCAGAUCAUCUGCAAUCACAGCACAACAGGAAAAGGAAACCUCCUCACCAGCUCGAAAAUCUAAUAGGAAACAACCAGUUGUUGAACAACCUGUCCCUCAGGAAACCACUGGAAGUAACAAGAGAAAGAAGACCAUUCAAGCUCAACAGCCUGAAAUCCAGCCUGAUGCCUCUGCCAUAGCACUUCUUGAAGUAAUCACUCCUCAAUUCUUAUCUGAUGAAUAUGCAGCAAGGUGGGACUCCACAAACCUAAGGAAAAUUCUGAGUGAAAGGUACCUUGAUGUUGAAAAGUUCAAAUCCCAGUGCCAACUCAUGCUAGUGUUUGAGAAGAUAAAUCUUGUCAAGUCUGUGACAACUCAGAGGAGCUAUCCACCUAUUGCCAUAAAGGAAUUUUAUGCAAACCUUAUGAAGACUAUCAAGGAGGCUGGUUCACAGGUCAUUACAGGAGGAACCUAUAGUUCUUGGCCUGCUGAAACCAACACGUUGCCUGCCAAAUCCUUGACAACAAAGUAUGCAAUUCUACAUAAACUAGCCAUGACAAAUUGGAUGUCGAAUGAACACAGGGGAGGAUUAAACUUGCUCAUGGCCACCUUGAUCUACAAAAUAGGCAAAGGUAUUCCUGUUGACUUAGGUGAUAUAAUCUUCAAACAUGUGGCAUCUUUCAGGAAACCAGAGUCAAAGGAAAGCAAAGUAAAGCUACCUUUUCCCUGCACAAUUUAUGGGGUACUACGCACACAAGGAUUCAAACCUGAGCCAAAUGAGCCUAUGGAAGCUCCACAAGUAAGAACGAUUGAUGCUAGACUCAAACAAGGAACUCAUGUGCUUGACAUCUUUCCUGAACAUGCAAGCAGCUCAGCCCCAGCCUUGAAUCUUGAUGCACCUUUCACCAGCAAACUCACAGCCCAGCAUCUUGAUAGAAGCAUCAGAGAUCUCAACACAAUCAUACAGAUACUUGUUGAAAAGAGAAUAGUUGAGAUGCAAUUACGUGAACAAUUGAGGUUGAGAGAUCAAGAAAUGACUGGUACUGCUGCUGAACCACCUACUGAUCCUUCCAUGGCAAGCGAUGAACAAACUGCUGAAAAUCCACCUGAAGUUGAUUUCACUGUAAACAGCCAGGAGGAUGAGUCGUCGGAAACUGAAUGA